AUGGAGAAGAACGAGACUGCAAGCAACGAGCAUGAACAUGCUCUCUCCAAAGGCGUGGAGCUGGUGGGCGUAGACGACUAUGUCGCCGACAGCGAUGAAGAGAAGAAAUUGGUCCGCAAGAUCGACCUCUACUUGCUUCCUCUAAUCUUCGUCAUGUAUCUCCUAUCUUACAUGGACAGAACAAAGUACGCUCUCACCAAAACACAACCUCGAACCCCAUCAACUGACAAUAUCCGCAGCAUCGGCAACGCAAAAAUCGCCGGCAUGGACCGCGACCUCGACCUCGACUCCUCCCGCUACUCAAUCGCCCUCGUCGUCUUCUUCGUAGGCUACGUCCUCUUCGAAGUCCCCUCCAACAUGGUCCUAACCCGCACCCGCCCCUCCCUCUACCUCCCCGGCAUCAUGUGCCUCUGGGGCUCCGUCACCAUCGGCAUGGCCUUCACCCCCACCUACGAAGCCCUAAUCGGCUUCCGCGUCGUCAUGGGCGUCCUCGAAUCCGGCUUCGCUCCGGGCGUUUUGUUAUUGCUCUCGUCGUGGUACAAGAAGGAGGAGCAGAGCAAGAGGUUCGCCGUCUACAUCUCGGCCGCCAUCUUGUCGGGCGCCUUUGGCGGGUUGUUGGCGGGUUCCAUCACGAGCGGGCUGGACGGGGCGCACGGGAUCGCCGGGUGGCGGUGGUUGUUUGUCGUCGAGGGGGCCGCGACGGUGGGCGCUGCGUUGGUUGCGUUUUUUGCGCUGCCUGAUUUCCCGGCGAAUACUUCGUUGAAGAAGUUUAGUGAAAAGGAGAGGGAGCUGGCGAUUCGGAGGCUCCAGAGUGCGGCGGAACAUCUUAGGACGGAAGAGGAGCCUCGCCUGGGACAUUGGGCUGCCUUUAAGCUCAGCAUGAUGAGCUGGAGGACUUGGCUCUUUGUCGUUGGCUACAUGGCCAUCGUCGGCUCCUCAACGCUCUCCUACUUCUACCCGACCCUCGUCUCAGGCCUCGGCUACAAAUCUACAGCCGCCCAAUACAUGACCAUCCCCAUCUUCGGCAUCGCCUUCGUCUCCACCGCCGUGACGGGCUACUUCGCCGACCGCCACUCGCGCUUCCGCGGCCUCAUCCUCGGCGCCUGGAUGACCGUCGCCAUGCUCUGCGCCGUCGUCACCUGCGUCGUCUACGACUUCAAGGCGCGCUACGCGCUGCUCGUCGUCAUGGCCUCCGGGCUCUGGGCCUCCAACGGACUCGCGCUGUCGUACGCCUCGGUGAGCUUCGGGUCCAUGCCCAACGAGACGAGGGCGAUUUCGCUGGCGUUUGUGAAUGCCAUGGGAAACCUGGCGCAGAUUUACGGGGCGUACCUGUUCCCUUCCAAGGAUGCGCCUAAAUAUCUGAUGGGAUUUGGGGUAAUUAGCGGGUUGUGUUUUACGGGUGUGGUGUCGUAUAUUGCGCUUCACGUCUUUUUAAGGAGAGAGAUGAGGUCGGCAUGA